AUGGCUCCCAUAUUACGGAUUCGGGGCUUGCCCUAUUCUGCAACCGCGGAUGAUGUAAUCGAUUUCUUCAAAGGUAGUAUUUUCUUUUUCUCAUUCCUUCCGUACGUAGAUGUUACGAUAAAGGGUGGUAAGCGAGGAAUAUCAUUUCCUCAAGGACCGAAUGGUCGAUCCAACGGAGAAGCUUUUGUUGAGUUGGACAAUGAAAACGACAUUGAGCGGGCAAUGGCGCACCACAAAGAACAUAUGGGGCGUCGAUACAUUGAGGGUACUUUGUUGCUAUUAUUAACGACUCCUCUAGUUUUCCGUUCCGAUGAAGCUGAGAUGAAGCGCGCCAUGGGUUGGCAGCCAGAUCGGAAUCGGAAGGAAUUCUUCGCUCGUCUUCGCGGUCUCCCUUAUGACACCGAAAAGCAGGACAUCUUCAGGUUCUUUAACGAGGAACGUAGUGGCGUUGGGCCCAUGAUGCGACACGGAGUUCGCGGUGAUCGCGGUUACUAUGGCAAUCCACCGCCACCACCAGGACCGCCUGGUCCACCCUAUCGCGGUUACGGUGGUGAUGGCGGCUAUGGUUACGGCGGCGGUGGUCCUCGUGGUCCACCUCGGCCUUGUCCUUACUCCCGCCCCUAUGGCUACGACCAGCGCCCUCCGAGCCCUCGUGGUCCCUACGGUCCACCUUCAAUGGACUCUGGGGGAGGCGGCGGUCCCUACGGUAGCCCUCGUGGCGGCGGUGUCCCACCUCACGUGGUCCACAUGCGCGGUCUGCCCUUCCAAGCCACGACUGAUGAGAUAGCCGCGUUCUUCACCCCUGUGCAACCCGUCAACAUUACUCUUCGUUACAAUGCACAGGGCCGACCAACGGGUGAAGCGGAUGCUGAAUUUGCUACACACGACGAGGCGAAGGAGGCCAUGAAAAAGGAUCGUGAAAAGAUCGGGACGCGCUACAUUGAACUCUUUCUCGAUUCUUUCCCCUCCCAUGGAAUUCCGCAAUCACCUGGUUAUAUUGGCGGUGGUGGCAGUUCAGCCGGCACCUCGUGGAACUACGGCCCGCCAUUUUACGGCGGUGGCAGUACCGCGCCUCCCACGCCUGGUGGUGGUGCGAACGGUGCUCCGGUUGCUUCGGUUGGGCGGUAUAAUGGAGGCGGAAGAGCUCCUGGAGGACCUCCAUCCCGUGGCUACUACGAUUCGCCUAAUGAUGUUGGUAGUGGUAACGCUGGUUAUUAUGGGACUGGCGGGGGUGACUAUGGCUACGCUCCUCCUCCUUCGGGGCCUGUGGACGACCGAUAUGGAGGCGGGGAUGUUCGCCGGGGCGAGAGUGGUAGUGGUUAUGGUGCGCCGCCGCCAUCGUCAUCUGUUUCUUCAAAAGUGGAAGGUAGGUGUCGAAUUGGUCUGUCUGAUGAUGUUCUUGUUUAG